CUAAGUCUCUUGAACAACAUUAUCUUAAAGUAAAUAUAAAAUGCAAUACAAAUGUGUAUAAACAUGUAAUAAAUUUAAAUCUACUAUCGUAUGCAAGGAUUAUAUUAAUGACAACGCAAAUAUUUCUUCAUAAAUCUAUCUUUUUUUAAGCCCGUGUUAAUAUUAAACAAAAUGGCUGAACGCAGGAGUAAAAACACAGAGCAGGAAGAAGUUCCUGGGCGCCUUAUGAAAGAAAAAUGUCAGCCAUGUUUAAAUAAAGAUAGACGGACUGUCGCUGACAAAUUUUGUACAACGUGUAAGGAAUUUCAGUGCACAGAGUGUUCAAUUGCUCACAACACGUAUGCAUUUAUGAAAAAUCAUGAACUGGUAAACGCCAACGACGUGAAAGCUAAACAAACCAUAUUUGAUAUGAAGGGAUUAGAUCAAUGUGAUCAACAUCAUGAAACUUUGAAGUUUUUGUGCGAAGAUGAAAACAAGCUUUGUUGCAGCACUUGUGCGAUUGUUGACCAUCGUAAAUGUCACAGCGUAGUUGAAGUGGAAAAGAUUGCCAAAAAGUUACCAUCGACUGGUUCCAGUUUACAGAAGACAUUGCAGGAAAUAAAGGAGAACGCUGAGUUCGUUGUUAACAAAGUUAUCUCUUUUAAAGAUCAGUUAAAACAAGAUGCUGAAAAAAUAUCCAUGACGAUAAGGCGAAUGCGGGAUGAAGUUGUUGAUUUGUUUAAUGCUUUGGAAGUUUCAGUUAUGAAGAAAGUUAAAUUAUUUAAGGCAGACAAACUUGCUGAACUCGAUAGGAAACAAUCAAAGAAUGAGGCUUACAUAGCUAUUGCUACACAGAGUCUGGAAUCCAUUAAUAAAGCACAUGCAAACGGAACAUUAACUCAGCAAUUUAUUGUAGAAAAGAAAAUGGAGAAACAUGUAAAUACACUAUACAACAAGGUACAUGAAGAAUGCCAGAACAUAAAGAUUGUGGUUAUAUCCUUUGCUUUUGAUGAAUCAUUGAAACUACCACCACUGCCGAUUUCCGACUAUGUUCCGGGACGACUGAUUUUGAAGUCACAGCUGUCAGACUCUAGAAGUGACGUUAGUCAACAAAAUAAUAAAAUUAACACGGAUGUUUCUAAAUGUUGAAUUCUGCUCAUGCCAGUGAUAGGGACAGUUGAGAGUUACGUCGCACCAACACAGUAGAGGUCAUAUUGCAACUUUUCAGCUGUGCUGGUGGAGAAAGAGCUAAGGUGUUCGCGUAAAUGGUAGUACCGUGCAUGAAUAUUAAUCAAUCAGUGACUGCAACACUUUUAAUUUUGCCGUUUUGGACGUUCUUAAGAGACUCCUUUCAUCUACUGUAUUAGAUUAAACUGAAUAAAGUAAUAUAAACAUGUGUAUCAUAAAAAUAUAGCGUUCGUACAUGUUCAUAUUUAUGUUUUUAUUAUUAUUUUUCAGUGCAUUCUAAAAGUAACCAUGCAAUAAUCUGGUUGGUUAUAAAUAAGGUUCCAGUAUUAUGGAUUUUUUGUACAAAUUAAAUUUCUUAA